AUGUAUAAGGUUUUGCGAUCUUAUACAAAGAAGGCUGAACGUAAGCAUGAGCUGACUAGAUCGACGGCUGAUCACCACCAUCUGUCUGCUUCAUCGCAACAGAACUCAGUUGUUUCUUCAAGCACUGGGCCUUAUUCAGUCACUGUUGGUUGCGAUGAACGUCAUAAUGGUCAGAUCGUACCCAUGGAUAAUCGUAUUUAUGAAACAUAUAAUAAUGGUAGUUGGGGCGUUGGGCAAGGAUUCUCAGAAAGUUCUUCGUUUGAAACUCGUGAACAUUUUGAACGAAAGGUUCAGAGGGUUAAAAAAACUCGUAGCGAACGAGAUAGUAACCGAAAACUUAAAAAAACUAAAGUAUCAGAUGUUUUGUCAAGUUCAGACGGCGUGUCACCACGCGACGCUCUUUUGCAAUGGGCACAGGAAGUCACCAGAGGUUAUCCCGGUGUUAAUAUUCGCAACUUUACCAGCAGUUGGAGGGACGGCCUUGCCUUUAAUGCAAUAUUGCACCGUUACAGGCCGAAGCUCAUACAGUGGAGUCGAAUAAGCCAACCAGAAGUUUCACAGCGGGAACGACUUGAAAAUGCAUUUACUGCAGCUGAAAACGAAUUCAGUGUUUCAAGGUUAUUGGAUCCUGAGGACUUGGAUGUGGAAUCACCAGACGAGAGAAGCAUUAUCACAUACGUUUCUUCUCUUUACAAUGCUCUUCCUCACAGCAGUAGCCUCAGCAAGUACGAGGAAGAAAUGGAUGAGUAUGAAAGGCAGGCUUCGGAGUGGUUACGUUGGGUUACUCGUGCUACAGGCCUGAUGAAUGCUCGUCAAAUCCCAUCAAACGUCAGUGAACUACAUAGUUUGAUUGAAGAACUGGAACGUUUUAAGGCGGAAGAUCUUCCUCCAAAAUACCAAGAAAAACAGCGUUUGACUGAGCGGUAUUCCGAACUAUAUUCACUUUUCGAAGGGACAGAACUUCUGCAGAUUUCUUCUGAUUUAAGUCCUCCAGCACUCUCGGUUGCUUGGCAGCGUUUAGAAAAGGCCAUGGAAGAAAGAACUUUAGUUUUAGAAGAAAGAGCUGGAACAGUUCAGGGCUCUCUGGGAGAUAUUAUUAGUCGACUAACACGAGGAAUUAAUAUUACGAACGAAAAAUUGGAUCAUUUACUUAAUCGAAUUGAGGAGGUUGAUAAGAGAGUUGAAAAUGGAUGGUUAUCCGACCUUCAAGUUAUUGUCGAUGGAAUCAUAGACGAUCUAAAUGUGCUUGAAAGCCCUAUUCGCGGCUUCUUUGAAGAUGUUGAACAGCUAAAGCUGAACAGGCGUCCUGAAGCUUCUGACUUUUCAAAACAAGUAUAUGGUUUGGAACAGCGAAGACAGGCAUAUUUGGGCAAAUUGCAAACACAGUUUCUUAAUCGACUCGGAGUUCAUUCAGAAACGUUAAUUCGUGAGACAGAGGAAAGACGAGAGUCUAUCAAACGUUCAACAUUUGAUCGCGUUGAAGAAUGCAUUGAGUGGGUGCGACAGCGUGCUGAUAAACUAUCAAAUAUGGAAUUCAUUGAGAACUUGGAUGAGUUAGAAAGGAUGUUUGAAGAACACAAGAAGGACAACCACAAUAUUCAAGAAUUUCGUCAAAAUGUCGAUGAUUGUAUUGCACGUCAGGCUGAAGUGCCAACUGAGUAUACUCAUGAGUACUGUGAACUGCUAAGCACUUUGGAAAGCGAGUAUAAGCAGCUGCGUGAUCUGUCAGCUGGCCGCAUGUUGGACCUAGAUUCUUUAAUUGCUUUUGUUCGUGGUGCACAGGAAGAAAUUCGAUGGAUAGGCGUUCGGGAGGAUGUGGAAGUUACUAGGAAUUGGUCUGAUAUCAGUCAGUUAGACCUUCCAAUGUUACGGAAUUAUUACAAGCAGAUUCUGCAAGAAAUUGAACUUCGUGAACCGACUUUCAACGAUGUUCAUAAUAACGGAGCUGCCUUGUUAAAUCAACGCCAUCCUGCCGUUCGUGUUAUAGAAUUUUAUCUAGAUACAAUGCAGCGAAAAUGGGACUGGCUUUUAGGUUUAACGAAAUGUUUUGAGCAGCAUUUAAAAGAUGCAUUGAGCUUAAGCAAUUUUAUGGAGGAAGCAAAAGCUGCUGAAGAUUGGAUGAUACGACAAACUGAGCUUUUGGAAAGGAAGUAUGACCGAAGUGAUUUUACUGUGGAAGAGGGCGAGCAGUUUUUACAUGAGCUCGACGAGUUUAAUGAUUUAAUUAGGAAAUAUCAUGGAAUUUUAAUGGCUUUGACGGACAGGAGUGCACAAAUUUCUCCUUUAUGGCAACGAGGAGAGAGAAUUCAGAGACCUAUACCUGUUACAGCUUUGACGGAUUAUGCGGAUGCAAAUAUUAUUAUAAGAGAAAGAGAUGAGUGUACUUUGUUGGACAACUCAGACUUGAUUCACUGGGAUGUUAGAGGUGCUGAUGAUGCUCAGAGUACCGUGCCUUCUAUAAUAUUUCGUAUACCUCCUCCAGAUGCAAGAUUAACUGCGUAUCUUCGGAAUUUACACAACAACUUUGACAAGUUAAGACGGUUGUGGGAAAAGAAGCAUCAGUUCGUCAGGUUCAACAUGGUUUUAAAUACCAUGGGUCAGAUAAGGGGUUGGGAUCUUGAUACCUUUUUGAUUUUGGAGCCGGAGGCGCGAGAGCAAAUAAUAAAGGCUCUUAAUGAUGACGCUCAGAAGCUCCUUGCAGAAUUAGAACCGGAUGAUCCAUUGGCUUUGCGCUUAAAGGAAGAGCUUGCCUUGACUAACGAGCAUUACUACAACUUAUUGAAUGAAUCUAUGCGUCCUAAAGAACCUGAUCUUGGAAGUAUAUUUGACGAAAAGAUUCGAGAACUGUUGGGCAAGCUUGAUCAGGCUUAUAGUGAUUUGAACGAACGAGCAUCACAGGGUGUUCCGCGAUCGGUUGAUGAGCUGGAGAAGUUGAUUAGCAGUCAUAAGAAUUUUGAAGAUAUCUUACAAGCUUAUGACGCUGAUGUUUCUAACAUUAAAGAGCUUUUCCGGCAACUUCCAAAUCCGUCUCCUUCGCAGAGAGCGAACCACGAGCUACUCAAUAACCGCUGGUCUGAUUUGUGGCAACUUUCGCAGAUGUAUGUUGAACGUUUAAGAGUCCUGGAGCGGGUCUUGCAGGGGAUCUCAGAGGUUGCUGAUAUAGUCCGUCAGCACGAAAUCACUCUUAACUCGUUUGAUGACCUUCCUGCUGCGUUAGAUAAGCUUCGCGGCGUGCAUUCUCAACUGCUUGAGCUCAAUAUGGUAUUAAAACAGCAGCAGAACGUUGUCGAUUCUUUGAACCAUAACAUUGCUGUUUUGCGCCAGCAUAUUGCGCGAACAAGGCAAACUACAGCGCAUCCUGAUGUCGAUCGACUUGAAGAUGAUGUUCAGAAUUUGACUGUACGUUGGGAAAACGUUUGCUCCCAAGUAGCUGACCGCUUGAAAACCGCUGAGGAAGCGUUACAUACACAAAUGGUUUAUCGUUCGGCAUACGAAAACGAAAUUGCUUGGUUAAAUCGUGUAGAAAAUACCAUCAAUGGCUUGCGUAAUCCGGAGGAGAUGCAACCGGAGCAGUAUCAAAGUCAAUUAGACGUCCUAUUGGCAGAGUACGCCCAACUUCAAGAAAGGACAGAAGCAAUAGAGAAUGUUAACAAAGAAGGUGGAAAAUUUAUUCGUCAGGCAAAGAGCUAUGAUGCGGAUAUUGCUCAAUAUUUGGACGAUGUUGUUGGAAUACAUGGACCCGUAAUUAGAGACCUUUUCCGCCGGACAAAGCCGCAGCCAAAGAAUGGCGCUCAGAUAGUAACUGAAGAGCUAGAAGGUUUGAAUCGUCGACUUGCGCAAUUGAGUUCCUUCAUUCUUGAAAAAAGGAACCACAUGCAAGUAUUAAUUCAAAAGUGGAAACGCCAGAAACAGGAAGAAGAAGAACGCCGUCGAGCUGAAGAGGAAGAAAAAUUACGGCAGUUUGAAUUAGACCGGUUAAAAAAGCUAGAAGAAGCCGAUCGAAUUCGAAAAGCACGAGAGGAGGCAGAGAGAAAACGCCGUGCUGAAGAAGAAGCUAGGCGGCAAAAAAAACAGGAGGAGCUAGACAGGUUGAGAAGGGAAGAAGAAGAACGUUUGCGAAGGAAAGCCUUAGAAGAUGCGGAAAGGAAAAGAGAGGAAGAGGAACGUAGGAGGAGAGCUGAAGAGGAUGAACGUAGAAGAAAGGCUGAAGAAGACGAACGUAGAAGAAAAGCUGAAGAAGAUGAACGCAGAAGAAGGGCUGAAGAAGAUGAACGCAGAAGAAAAGCUGAGGAGGAAAGGAGAAGAAGAGAGGAGGAGGAGGCUGCUAGGCGUAGAGAGGAAGAAGAAAGGAAGCGGAAGGAAGCUGAAAAACGUCAACGAGAACAACAGCCACGUGUUCCCGAAACAAAUAUGGCACAAAUGGGUUGCACUGCCACUUUGGAAGAUUCCUACACCGAUUUUGAACUGCCUGGUGAAAUACCAGUCACUCCGAAAAUCCGGGAACACGAGGAGGAACCGCAAAUGUUCCAAGAGGAAACAGUGAUUAAAAAGCAAUUCUAUGAAAUGGAGGGCAUAUUACAUAAACAAACUGGCGAGAUUCUGACAUUUGUUGAGGCAGUUCGUCAGGGUUUGCUUGAUUUACAUUCUGGUGGAGGUGAAUUUUAUGACAUUGUUUCUGGCCGUAUUAGUUUGGAAAAAGCAGUCGAGCUUGGUUACAUAGAUGGAAAGCUCCCAGAAGUUUUGAAUCGCCACUAUGGUAUUCACCAUCCUGAUACUAAGGAAAGUUUGUCAUUGCUUGAUGCUAUCCAGCUUGGUUUGUACGAUCCUGACACUCGUCAGCUUCGGGAUAUAAGAAGUGGAGAAAUUUUGUCUAUGCAGGAUUGUAUAGAAAGAGGCAUUUUAACAGUGCAGACUCAGUACUGGUUAGUUAGGGCAAAUAUACUGAAGCUUCCACCUAUUUCUUUGGAGGAGGCGAUAAGUCGCGGAGUUGUAGACAGGGAGACUGGUGAUUUUACAGGGAGAUAUACUGGGGAAAAAAUACCUUUAAAAGAAGCUUUAUACUAUGGUUAUGUUCAAAUUGGGGGAAUGAGACCGUAUCAGAAAUACGCUGUUUCGCUCUCUGACUGCAUUUAUCUUGGUCUUAUAAACGCCAUAACUGGUGAAUUUCACGAUAGGAAUUCCGGCGAAAGGUUUACGUUGCAGGAGGCCAUCUCAAGUGAGACGUCAUUGGUAAAUUUGCUUCUUAAAGAAAUCAUAAAUACUAUCGAGGAAAAGCGUGUAACUUUGGAAGACGCAAUUGCGAACAAUGUAAUUGCUGCGAAGGAAGGGAAGUACAAUGACUUACAAGCAAACAAGAGCUUUACUUUACAAGAAGCGUUUGAUAGGGAUUUGAUACAGAAGCCUAUGACACUUACAGAAAUAAGCGAAAAAGGACUUGUUGACUCCACACACAAAUUUAUUGAUGCUGGGACAAAACAUCGGUAUACGCUGCUUGAAGCUGUCGCGGGGGGCCUGCUAGAUGGAGAAGUAAGGCAUAUCGUUGACCCGGAAAGUAAGGAAAUUGUCUCUAUUUGUGAUGCUCUUGAAAGAGGACUUCUUGCUCCGGAUGGUAAGAUCAUGGUUGAGGACGACAAGACGUUUACUGUUUCUGAAGCUGUACAUGCGGGUUUGUUAACGAAGAGAGUACGUCAUUCAGUUUUUGACAUAAAAGGAUUCAACAAUAAGGUGACGAAAGAGACGUUGAAUUUUAAUGAAGCUGUGGAGGCUCUUAUUGUCAUACCGCAGGCGGAACGAAUUGUUGAUCUUUCGACACACGAAAGUUACAGCUUUCUUGAUGCUCGUGAUAAGGAUAUCAUUGAUCCUGUCUUAUACCGUCUUCUUAGUUUAAACACAGGAAUCAAAGAUGAAGGAGGCAGGGAAAUUUCACUGUUUCGAGCUGUUGCGAAAGGCUUUAUUGACCCAGCAAAAAGUGUAUAUUUGCAUAAAAAUAGAGAGCUUGGUCCAAAGCAGGCGUACGAGGCGGGUUUUGUCUCUUUACGUGGUGCCCUCCAGCUCACUGCGCUAUUUGACAUCCAUCCGUCUUUGAUUUCUUCUUCACGAAAAUACGAAGUUAAGCGAAGAAUUCACAGACCUGGUCAACAGUCAAGCAUUGCAACUGACCAAGUGAAAGUUACUUUAGCAGAAGCUAUGAAGCAAGGUUUAAUUGAUGCUAAGACUCACCGGUUCCGUCAGGGAGAUACGGAAAUGAGUUUUGAAGACGCUCUCAGCCACGGCUUCAUUCAUCCUUCAGACGAGUGGAUAGUUCCAUCAAGGAACGCAGAAACGGGACCAACAAUUGAGGAGAAGGUCAAUGAGACUGUGACCGAAACUGGCCAGCAGUUAGGACAGAAGUAUUAUCCAAAUAUUGAUGGAAAUGUGGAAGAGUCAGUGACAACUAUUCAGCGUGUCAAGACAACAGAAACUACAGCUGUCGGUGGGCCAGGCGGCGUUUCAGCCUAUCGUGCAAUCACUGGUGGCAGGGGAGCUUUUGAAGUUCCAGCCGACGGGUUCCACUUGCAUGAAGCCGAGCAGAAAGGAUACAUUGAUCUUAAGACUGGUGUUGUAUCUCCUCCAAACGUUGAAAGGAAAUUGAGCUUUGAGGAAGCUAUUAAGUUUGGUGUGAUUAAUGGCAGUACCAUUUUCUAUGUAGAUUCAAAUACCGGUAAAAAAGUGCCUGUAAAAGAGGCAUUGGAGCGAAAAUUGAUUAAUUCAAAUGGUUCUGUUAAGAAUAAGGGGAAAUUAUUGGAUUUGCAAUCAGCAGUUGAGAAAGAAAUAAUAGUGGUUGAGCCAGAAGUUCUCUUAGCGCCUUCUACUAGUAACCGAAAAGUAAUCCAGUUUGCCCCUGGCUCGAAUGUUGUAAUGAGUUUCCGUCCUGUGGGAGACGCCGUGGUAGAAGAGUCUGAACAUUCAUGGUCUUUCGAUACUAGUAGAGGAGAAGUUGUAGAUCAUAUUACUGGGGAUUGUUUGUUACUGGACGCAGCUAUUGAUCGGGGUGUUAUUUCUACGUCAGAUUUGCUCGUGUACGAUACUCUUACCGGGCGGGAAAUGUCUUUCGACGAAGCAGAGAAGUGGGGAGUAGUUGAUAAGAAAAACCGUUAUUAUUUGGACAAAGUUGAUAGCAAACGGUACUCAUUUGCUGAUGCGGCUAAACAGCAUCGUAUUUAUCCAGCAGGAGGUGCACCUGAAAAUGCGGCAGAUGCAGUUUUUACGACCGUGAAGGUGCAGCGAAGGAGCGAAGUAUCAAAGAAGCAAGCACUAUCCACUGGUUUACAAAACGGGGAGUUGUCGUUAAGCAAACUUUUAAGCCUUGGAUUGUAUGAUGCGAAGACUGGUACGUUUGUUCACCCGACUGCCAACAAGUCACUUACGUUAAAGCAAGCAAUAAUUGAGGGACUGGUUGAUCCAUACCACUCGAUAGUAGUUGAUAGACGCGGUAACCGGGAAUUACUCAUGAUUGACGGUAUUAGUGAAGGAAUAAUUGAUGAUGAGUCUGGCACAGUGCUUGAUACUGCUAGCAGGAAGACUUUUGACUUACAAACAGCGAUGAAAGACGGUCUUUUGCGUAGUAAGAAUAUUCCGGAAAGUUUUGAAGAUGCUAUAAUUAAAAGCAAGUUGGAUUUAAACACUGGAGUUUUCACUGACCAGCAAGGAAAGAAGAUGCCACUUCAAAAAGCUUUAGCUGAAAAUUUGAUUGAGGGCAGCACUGUAGUCAUUCGAGAUCCUCUUACAGGUGAAGAAAUGAGCUAUCCUGAGGCGGUCAAAAAGGGCGUAGUGAAUUUAGACGAAGGUGUAGUGUACAACAGACGUACAAGCGAGAAAAUGAGUUUUCCACAGGCUUUAUCAGGUGGCAUUAUUGCCGGCAUUGGUUCAAGACCACGUACGACUACGAGUACUGGUCACCCUCGAAUUGUCGAAAGAAGCCUUCAACUUACUCCGUUUGCACCGCCGAUGAAGCACACGGAAGCUGCACUAACUGACGGCAGCAGCCAUGGGCAAAACCAGAUGCUUGAAUUGCCAAAUGGUAAUAAAGCUCUUGUAAAAAUGGUUCGUGGCGAAGGCGGAGUUGAGAAGGGUGAGUAUUUCGAUCCCAGCUCAGGUAUGAAGUUUAUCUACCAGGUUCAAGGUGACCCAUAUGUUACAAAAACUGAAACAAAAGUGCGCAGUACUUCUCAAGUGCGAUCUAUUGAUGUUGAACCGCAUGCUGAACUAGUGGGCAUCGAUAGAGUGAAAGAUAAAAGAAGUGGUAGGAUUAUGUCGCUACAGGAAGCGCAACGUCUUGGGCUGGUACAUGUCGAUAAAAAAGGGAAAGAGACGACUAGGACUUAUUCAGUCUUUCGAUCAAAUCUUUCAAAUGCCAUUGAAAAAGGAGUUGUUGAUCAAGAUGGUGAGAAGAUCAGUCUUGGAGAUGCUAUACGUGCCAAAUUGAUAGACAUUGUGAAUUUGAAAUAUAAUAGCCGCAAAACAGGAGAGUUGACUCUUGAGCAGGCUGCUAAUAUGGGGUAUUUGGACGCUACUCUUUCUGAUGUGUUGUCAGAGGGGGUUUACAAUCCCGCUAAUGGGUACCGAAUUUCCACAAAAGACGCUGUAAGCUUUGGUAUGAUUGAUUUGAAAACGGGAGAGGUUUGUAAUCCUUGGUCUGGCAAGAAAUUAAGUUGGAUAGAUGUGUUGAAACCUGUAUAUGUAAGUCUGACCAAGGAAGGAGUGUAUGACCCUGCAAAAGGUUACAGAAUUCCAAUUCUUAGUGCUAUUGUGGAAGGAUUAAUUGAUACGACCAGAGAACUUUACUGUAACAGAAUCACUGGUCAGAAAAUAAAUUUGGAUGAGGCUGUCACAAACGGAUUGAUUGAUCCUGAUACCGUCAAAGCAAUAAGGGAACCGUUUUUGGUUGACUACAGAACUCACAAAGAACUGAACUUUAUAGAAGCAGUGCGGGAGAAACUGGUUGAUCCUCGCAAUAGGACAGUCCAGUUUGCAGAACAUGUUAUUGUACCAGUUGCGAGAGCAACCGCGGAUGGAAAAAUUCCUCGCAACAUUGGAGAAAUUCUCAAGAGGGUUGACAAAAUGAACUUUGCCGAGGCAUUGGGUAAAGGAUUGAUAGAUGUCAGACAAGACUGUUUUACAGAUCCGGAGACUGGCCGGCAAAUGCCGAUCAGCCAAGCCAUUAUUGAGGGUUACAUUGAUACGGGAAAUGUUGUAGCAGCUGAGGGAUCUGACGAAACAAAUCUUUCUAAAGUACUAUUUUCUUCAGCGUUUGAUGAAGUUUCUGGCAGAGUUAAGGACAAGAAAACUGACUUGAAUUUAACGUUUGAGGAUGCUGUUACUCGUGGUGUUAUAGAUGGAAAUUCUUUGUUACACAGCUUUGACUAUAAUGAGACUAUGACACUGCAGCAAGCCAUGGGUCUAAAUCGCAUCACACCUAAUGGUCAGUAUAAGGAAGCAAAGACUGGCAACACUUUCACUUUGAAAGAAGCUGUGGAUCGUGAUCUAAUUGUAUUAAUUCCUUCCCCUAUGCAGGCGGCUCAGAAGGUUACAGAAGCGGUCAAGCGCCGAGACGCAGAAGGUUAUAAAUUUAAAAUUGAACCUGCAGAUACAUGGAAAAGCAAAACUAGCGCACCGCAUUGGCGCGAGGAAUCCUCAGUAAUUAAAGUUUCUACUCCGUUGAAAGACUAUCGUACUGAACGGGUUUCCCGCAGUUCGGAGUCAGGCUCUGAGAUGGGGAUUGGGGAGCCGGGAGUUAGAACUUGGACAAAGACCUGGCAGGGUAAAACGUCUGAGUUAAGGCAACCGCAAUCUGGUUCUUCACACACGCUGUUCUCAUCCAGUUCUUCAUCUUCUAAACCUUCUAACCCUCCAAUAUGGGCUCGUAGAGACUAG